AUGUCUCCUUCCGUGUUCCAUGUUUGCGCUUACAAGGUCGCCGAUCCCGCCGUCAUACCUGACCUGAUCAACGCAAUCCAGUCGGUCAAUACGUCCUGUGCGAAACCGGACGGAUCCGAGUACAUUCUCUCCGUCAAGGGCGGGAAGCAGAUGAGUCCCGAGGGGCUGGAUCUGGGCGUUCAGCUUGUCUUUGACAAAGACGACUUGAUGUAUUACAUUGACGAAGAUCCGGCUCACGUCGCUUUCAAAACAACCUGCGUGGAGAGGUUCGGACUUGGCGGCGGGGCGGUCGUUGACUUUAUUGACGGCGUGUUCUGA